AUGCAGCUCCUCUCCGUCCUCUUCGUUGCCUCGCUGACCGGCGUUGGUAUUGCCGUUCCUGCCGGAAUUCUCGACAAGCUCUGCGGCCCCAACUACGACGCCGACGACUGCAUCGAUCCCAACCAGAUCUGGGGAACCGUCGAGGCGCCUACCAAGACCCCUCAGCCCACGGCCACCGUCACGCCCACGGCCAUCGCCACGGCCAAGCCGCCCGCCGUUGACCCCGAGGAGGAGGUCUGCGAGGACGAUGACGAUGCCGCGCCCCCUCAGGCCACGGCCACGCCCCCAGUCAACCCCGAGGACGUCUGCUUCGACGAGUCUGAGGAGGUUUUCGAAAAGUGCAAGGCGGACGGCAAGGAUAACCGCGCCUGCAUCGCCGAGGGCGACAAGUCCUUGAACGACUGCAAGAAGAGGGUCAAGGCGUAA